GCGCGUGCAGCAGUGAUGGUCCCAAAUAGAAAGCUGAAGCAGUGACAAACCGGCACAGCCCGGGGGUUUGAGAGAAGACGAGGAGGGAGCGGGACCUGAGCUGAAAAACCGAGGAUGGGGGACAUAGCCGAAGAUGAGGGUAGCUUCUACUCCAAUGCAGAGGACUACUGGAGGGAGGUUCCCCCCACGGUGGACGGCAUGCUGGGAGGAUACGGCAGCAUCUCCAACAUCGAUCUCAAAGGAUCGAAAGCUUUUCUGCAGAAAUUCCUCGGUGAAGGUGAGGGGAAGACGGGCACCAGCUGUGCCCUGGACUGUGGUGCCGGUAUUGGGAGGAUCACCAAGCGUUUACUGCUGCCGCUGUUCAAAACCGUGGACCUGGUGGACGUGACGAAGGAGUUUCUGGACAAAGCCAAGACGUACCUAGGAGAAGACGGAAAGAGGGUGGGAAACUACUACUGCCAUGGUCUGCAGGACUUUGUACCAGAGAGUGGACGCUAUGAUGUCAUCUGGAUCCAGUGGGUUAUUGGUCACCUGACAGACGAUCACCUGGUGGAGUUCCUCCGUCGCUGUCAAAAAGGUCUCCGACCAAACGGCCUUGUUGUGAUAAAGGACAAUGUUUCGUAUGAAGGCGUGGUCCCUGAUGAGGUGGACAGCAGCGUGUGCAGAGACUUGGACAUCGUCCACAGUCUGGUUAGUAGAGCGGGACUCCGCAUCAUCCACGAGGAGCAACAGAUGGACUUCCCAAAGGAGAUCUACCAUGUCUACUCUCUGGCUCUUAGAUAGACGACUGAAGGAGGCAGAGUGUACACAAAGAGUUUAUAAAGUGUAGUUAGCAAGUCAUUUAUUACUGCGAGAAAACGAUCGAUCUGCAAGGUGAUAUUUUUGUAUCUGCAUCCAUCAUCUGCUCUCUGCAGAUUGCUGCUUCUUCAUGAAUCUUCAAACCUAAAGGAGGAACCAUGCCCCAGGUCUAAAUGAAGGCUGUCAACAUUUCCAGUAGAGUAGAGGGUGUGCAGUCUCUGUCGUUUUAGCUGUUGAGUGGCAGAAAGUUCAGACAACGAGACAGUAAAAUAUUAUCUAAGGUGACAAGGAGACUGAAGUUAUCUCAAGAUACUUUACAUAAGGCAGCUCUAGACCGUCGUCUCUAUUGUGGCCUAUUAUAAUAGAUAGUAGUAAUCCUUAAUAUUAUUAUAAAGACUAGCGUUACUCACCAUGAGCACAGCACUGACUAGCAGUAUUUAGCAUGGCUACAGUGGCAUCAUAAACCUUCCCUAACCAUGGGGCAGGACUGUCGUGCACACCAGGCUCAUGUUGACAGCUGUCUGCCAAAGCUGCGCUGGAGUUGGAAAGGACUAGAAGGAGAGGUAGGGGUAGAGAAAAGCAAAAAGAGGAGAGGGACAAGAGAAACCACAAAACACCAAACAAAAGACAAAUUUAUGGCCAUUGUGGCCACAGCCUUAUCUCCCAUCGUGUACAGAUUGUGUUUAAUAGCUUUACUAGCUUAAUAUGGCUGGUUUUAUAGAGAAAAAACAAAAACACGAUCAAGACUAUAAAUAUUUAUCACAGAAUUAAAAAAUUAGCCUUGGUAAAUAAACGUGAUUUCUGUUUGGCUGAAUACUGAAGUUAUAGCCGUGAACGUAUCCGACGCUAUAACAGUUUAUAAGACGUAACAUGAAAGUUGAGAGCUGUACCAUGAGAAUUCAUCACAUUGAAAAUAAGAUAAAGGUUUAAAUGGUGUUUAAAUAGAAGAUGAUUAAAUAAAACCGAUUGCAAACAGAUUUAACAACCACAGAGCGAAACCCUAACCAUGGAGAAACAGCUGAUCUAAAGCUACAUAGAAAAAAAACUUUUUUGGUGUUUCAUAUUCACUGCUGAGCCAGGCUGAUGUGUGCCUUUCGGGCUCAGCUCUAUAAAAUGUCAGGAAACUUUAUUUAUAACCACAUAUCAAUGUCAACAGUCUAGUGUGUCUUUAUUAAACUGUUUGGAUCUCAAGAUAUCCCUAAUGUUAGCAGAUAUUAAUCAGUUUUCUCCCAUUUUCACCUGUCUCCUUUGAGCAGACGGUCAUGUUUUAGAAUGUUUUGCCACUCAACUCGGCUGAGCAGGAUGCUGAAAUCAGUGCAUACUCUCUAUGCUUUGAUACUGUCUGUCACCACAUUAUAAUAGCAAGGAUCUCUGAUUAUGAAACAAGGAUCUCAUAAUUUAGAGAUCCUGAGCUGGCAUGAUUGCAUGCAAAUCAACGCCACAUGGAUUUUAUGGUAAUUAUUUUUCUGCCCAUGCUUCUUUGGGGGCUCUGUAGGAGAGAGAGUAAUGUUAAAAUAGCACAGAAUCAUUGGCAGCAUUUUGGUACUGAAACAUUGAGCAUAUUAGACAGUGUGCAGGAGUUUGCAUUUAGUCUUGGUAUUUAGAAGCAAAGAUUUAUCCAAGAUUGGGCGUUAAGAAUUUUAUUUUUGUGGCUGUGGUGUCAAAAUAUUUAAUUUCUUUUUUUAAUCGUAUCAAAGUUUGCAGAUCUGGUAUUAUGACAGCCCUAAUUUUAAUGACUGUACCUAAAAUUUCUUCUCAUUUUAGUCAUAAAAAGCUGUAAGGCUGCUUCAUUUAAAACCACCAAACUCCAGUAAAAAAGGCAGCAUUUAUCCCUCAUUUAACAAACAUAACUGCUGGUCUUCUGCUGCUUUGUUCUCUCUGUAUAUUUGUGUUAAUGUGUUUAUAUAUUUGGUUUGAAUACAAAGCGAUAUUUUAUGUCACAAAAAUCUCACAAAUGGUGGCAACUUCAGACCAGCAGCUCUGUCAUUACCCAGCUUAGUUUACAUGUUUUUCUCAGUGAAGGAGUCUGAUGUUUUACAGGAAGUGAUCUAACAGCUGUUUGUGGUUAAAAACAAUCCUCCUCCUCAAACAAACAGCUCUAACUCUGCUUGGAUGCGUUCUAUAACGUCAGACUCAUAGAACAACAGUCUGAGCCUGUAAAGGACAAAAACAACUUUUAGUGGACAUAUUGCCCCUAAGAUGUGAAAAACUCAAGCAAGCAAGUAACUGAAUCAUUCAACAUAUUUUUAUACCCCAUUAAACCCUCCAUAUAUUUAUAUAAAAAUGCUAUAAAAUAGUAUAACUGCUGGUCAUAUUCAGCUUUUUGUCUCUUCAGUUAGCAAACAUAAGCUCCGUUUCUCUCUAUAAAUAAAGACCGGUAGUUAUUUCAUCUCUGUGUCAUCAGCAGACACAGACCGCAGCAUCGAUCUUACUGUGAACAGGCUGUCAUCAUGGCGUUACUCAGUAUAUAUUUAUUACACCCGUGUGAGGCGUUGAGCCCAGCGCUGGCGUUGAACGCUCCGAUACCGGAGCCUUUCAAAAGACAAGCAUCAGCGGCUGACAGGAUGGACAUUUUAAAGUUUUACAGGUUGAUGUAAUCAUGUUUGCAGCUUAUCACUCAAAACUGAUUUUAAUUUAUGCUAAGUGAUUUAUUUUUGCUUUUACGGUGUAUGUGCAGAUUCUGAGUCUGGUCUAUCCUAGCAUUGAUCAAAAUACUGCUUUCUUUCUUUCUUUCACAAAUGUUUAUCUACAUACUGAAGGUCCUGGUUUAGAAACACUGAAUGAACAAUCAAAGUUUCAAAAUCUGAAUUUAUAACCUCGAAUGAUUCACAUUAAUAAUUUUAACCAUGAAAUAAACAGCUGCUACA